CGCCCAGUGGCGAGGCGGUUCAUAAACUUGGGAGACGCCGACCCCUGCGCUGCUGACUGGGGCGGCGCAUGCGCACUGACGUUGCAGCGGUCAAUGUGUGUGUUAUGAGACGUGUUUUCGAGAGUUACACAAGCUGCGGAGCGAGCCGGCUCUGGUCAGCCUCCUGACGGGUCUUGUAGCAUCUAAACCUUCAAUCUUCUGGAGCAAAGUCAGCGGAGGAGUCGCGAUGUUUCCUGCCUGCAGGUACUCCGUGAGAGCACACAGGUGUAUCCAGGCGUUGAAGUCUGUGGAUCACGCCACCCCACAGCUCCACAGACGGUCCAGUUCCUCUGCUCCUCGCAUCACCACGCACUACACCAUCCAUCCCCGGGAGAAGGAUCCGCGAUGGGAAGGUGUGGAGAUGGAGCGGUUUGCAGAUGAGGCCGACGUGGUCAUCGUGGGUGGAGGUCCUGCAGGACUCUCUGCAGCCAUUCGCCUGAAGCAGCUGGCUAAUGAGCAGGAGAAAGAGCUACGAGUGUGUGUGGUGGAGAAGGCUUCUCAGAUCGGAGCUCACACACUCUCUGGAGCCUGUCUGGAACCCAGCGCGCUGCAGGAACUCUUCCCCGAUUGGAAAGAGAGAGGGGCGCCCCUCAACACACCAGUGACUGAAGACAUUUUCAGCAUCUUCACAGAGAAGCACAGGAUACCUGUUCCCAUACUUCCAGGUCUGCCCAUGAGGAACCAUGGAAACUAUAUUGUGAGACUGGGAAACCUGGUGCGCUGGCUUGGUGAACAGGCUGAGGAGCUUGGAGUAGAGCUCUAUCCUGGGUACGCUGCCUCGGAGGUUCUGUUCCAUGAAGACGGGAGUGUGAAGGGAAUUGCCACCAACGACGUCGGCAUUGCUAAAGACGGUUCUCCGAAGGAUGUGUUUGAGCGCGGGAUGGAGCUGCACGCCAAGGUCACCAUGUUUGGAGAAGGGUGCCACGGACAUUUGGCCAAACAGCUGUACAAGCAGUUCAACCUGCGAGAGAACUGUGAACCGCAGACCUAUGCCAUCGGACUGAAGGAGGUGUGGACCAUCCAGGAGAAGAACUGGCGUCCGGGCCGGGCAGAACACUCAGUGGGUUGGCCGCUCAACAGGAACACGUACGGCGGAUCCUUCCUGUACCACCUGAACGAAGGAGAACCACUAGUGGCUCUGGGCUUUGUGGUGGGUCUGGACUACUCCAAUCCUUACUUGAGUCCGUUCAGAGAGUUCCAGCGCUGGAAGCACCACCCCUUCAUCUCAGCCACCUUGGAGGGCGGCACCCGGAUCGCCUACGGAGCCCGGGCACUGAACGAGGGCGGCCUACAGUCCAUCCCUAAGCUGACCUUCCCCGGCGGCCUCCUGAUCGGUUGCAGUCCUGGAUUCAUGAACGUCCCCAAGAUCAAGGGGACCCACACGGCCAUGAAGAGCGGCAUUCUGGCAGCAGAAUCCGUUUUUCCAAGAGUCACCGCCGAGAACCCGGAAUCAGAGACAGCAGGGCUCCACGUUCCAGAGUAUUCCGAGGCCUUGAAGUCAUCGUGGGUGUGGAAGGAGCUGCACGCCGUCAGAAACAUCCGUCCAUCUUUCCACAACUACUUUGGUCUCUACGGCGGGAUGGUCUAUACCGGGAUCUUCUACUGGAUCCUCAGGGGGAAGGAGCCCUGGACCCUCAAACACUGUGGUUUGGAUGCUCACCAGCUGAAACCUGCCAAAGAGUGCACCCCCAUUGAGUACCCCAAACCUGAUGGGAAGAUCAGCUUCGACCUGCUGUCCUCGGUGGCUCUCAGUGGCACCAACCACGAGGGCGACCAGCCAGCCCACCUCACCCUGAGAGACGACAGCGUCCCAGUGGAGAGGAACCUCGCCAUCUACGACGGCCCGGAGCAGCGCUUCUGUCCUGCAGGCGUGUAUGAGUACGUUCCAGUGGAAACUGGCGAUGGGAUGCGUCUGCAGAUCAACGCUCAGAACUGUGUCCACUGCAAGACCUGUGACAUCAAGGACCCGAGUCAGAACAUCAACUGGGUGGUACCAGAGGGGGGCGGGGGACCCGCCUACAAUGGGAUGUGAACUUCACCUGUCUGCUGACUGGAGACCUAGGCGGUUAAAUUCUGGGCAACCGGAACGCUCAUGUGCCUGAACGAGUCGAACAGCGUCUCAGAUCCCAGUUUGUUUUCACUGCGUAAUUUCAGAUUAGGAAUCCUGCCUGGAUUAUUCAACGGUGGCCAAGUGUCGUCACAUUACGCGCCCUCGGUAAUGUUGUUGUGGCCACGUUACGGAUGAAAACGGACCGCUGUACCCCGAAAAGCUUCGACAUGAUUGUGAACAUGUUUGUUCUUAAUUUACAGUUUAUUGCAGUUUUGUACAGAGUAACAUCAAUAAACAACAAACUGACAACUCA